AUGAGCAAAGGGUGCUAUACCUGCCGUCGUCGCCGCAUUAUCUGCGACAAUGGACUCCCUACGUGUCGGAAAUGUCGGGAUGCGGGGAAAGAAUGUCUGGGUUAUCAGAAACCACUCGUUUGGGUCAAGGGUGGGGUGGCUAGUCGGGGCAAGAUGAUGGGCCGCAGUUUUGGAGAUACCAAAACAGAUAAGGGCGAUGCUCGCAAUCAUUCUCGAAGGAUUGAUUCUCCCGCUGCUGUCAGUGGCUUGCCUGGCAAGUCGAAGCUAUCGCUAUCGACGUCGACAGAUGUCCAGCAACUUCCUGAUGAGACGACUGGUUCUGACGGGUUGGCAUGGACGCAAACUGCUUCCCAGGAGGCCAUUAUGCCCGUCAACACGGUUCAAGCGCCUUGGGUGCUCGUUGAUCCAUUAUUCCAGGACAGCAGUCGGCUGACAAGGUUUUAUAUCAACCACUUCAAUCAAAACCUUGCGGAAUAUCUGACCCUAUAUUCCGACGUCAAAAACCCCUUUCGGGAUCUCAUCCCGUUGGUGGGUGACUCCCCUGUCCUUGCUCACUCUCUCGCGGCCAUGGGCGCUUUGCAUUAUGUUAUUUUGGCAAACGGCGAGUUCGACCCCAUGCCAUGGCCCGUAGGGAAUUCGUCAAGCAGUGACAUGGUGACUCCACCUAAAGAAGGCGGGCCGGUUGAGCUUAGCACUUUGUCUCGGCGCUCGUUUACCAAAGUGUACGAGCAGUUUCUUGGGUUCAAGCAACGCGCACUACACCAGCUAUCACGAGAUAUAUCCGACCCUAUUCUACGAAACGAUAACAAGACGUUGGCAGCGAUAAUGGUUCUUGCUUUGAUGGACGCUGUUGAGUCUGGACGAGGGGCCUGGAAAUACCACCUGGAGGGUGCAAAGAAGCUAUUGCAGAGCCGCGAACAUGAUAAGCCGGGCCAAGCUCAAACGAUGAUGAAUUGGCUCGAUGAUUUCGCUACUGAUGGGUGCCUAGUAAUCCAGCUUAUGGGUGCUACUUUGACAAGGCCUGGCACCCUUUCAAAGCCGUUCUACACAUCCGCGAUGGGAGCUUCGGUCUUGAAGCGUCUAGAAGAAACCUCAUGGGUCGGCUGUCCCGCCUACCUACUAGAGGCCAUCUUCUUCGUUCACGCCUUCUUUGACCUCGACCUAAGUGACGACCCCAAUUCACAACCAAGCACUGUCUUUCCAUCUGUCUACCUCCCCAAAGGUUCAAACCCGCUCCAGUGUCCCGAAAACCUCCCCAGGCACAUCCAAGCGUUUGACCCUGUCGCCUGGGCAGAGUCCCUCCAAAGCUACCUCUUCCUCCCAGACCUCUCCAUGCGCAUUGCGCUGGCUACCAUAUAUAAAGCCGCCGUCUACCUUUAUGCCACAAGAGUUCUUUCCCGUCCUCGUCCCGGCGCAACAACCAUUUCUGCAACUAUCGGUCUCCCUUCAGACCACGCCGAGGUCGCAACCUUUCUUAUCAACCAGUUCUCUCUCAUCCCGCCCUCCGAUCCACAUUUCAAAUGCCUCAUUUGGCCCUCGUUCAUUGCAGGCGCCGAAUGCAGAGAUCCAGCGCAGCGCCCGUUUAUGCUCGAAAUCCUUCGUACUUUGUACUUCCACAUCACAAGCGUCAACGUGCGCAACGCCGCGUGGGUUCUAACGAUGAUGUGGCGAAAACGCGAUUCCAGACGCGCGGAGCUGUCGAGGUUUCGUGCGACUACCGCAGCAACGGCCGCUGCGGAUUUAUAUUCAGACAGUGCUGGGUCUGAUUUGAGCUUUCCUGCUGCGUCAAGCUCGCCUUCGGUCAUUACUUCUCCGGCUACUGCAACCGAUACCCCGUCAACCACCACCCCUUUAAGCCCUAUUGAGGACAAUCAUUAUGAUGAUGACGACUUCGACUGGAUUCACGAAUUGGAUGAUUCCAAUAUUGAUUGGCUCUUUAUAUAAUUGGCGUUCACUUUUGUAUCCGCAGUUUGUUGACCAUAAUACCCUUCAUGUAUACUUGAUCCAGUAAAUCCAUUUAAUUCA